AACUCCUCCGCCAUUUUGGAAAUGAUGACAAGGGAAGCGUCACUCCUGACAUGAAGACUUUGACCUGGCAGUAAAAUUGAGAACGAGCUGCGACACAAGCAGCAAGAACUGGAGCAGACGAAGGCCAAGCUGGAGCACACUAAGGCAGAGCUGGAGGUCAAGAACGAGAUGUGGAGGGCCUUUGACGAGUUCUCAAAGGCCAACGAAGCCAACAGAGAGCGGUUCCAGGAAGAAUUGAUCCGUCAGAGGAAUGAUUUAAUGGAAGCUGAGAGCGAGCUGCGACACAAGCUGCAAGAGUUGGGACAGACCAAGGCGCAGCUGAAGCACACUAAGGCAGAGCUGGAGCAGACCAAGGCGAAGGUUGAGGUUGAAGCCGCUGAAGUUAAGAAGGAGCUGUGGAAGGCUGUUGACGGGCUCCUCAAAGCGAACGAGGCCAAUAAGGAGAAGUUCAAGAUAGAAAUGCUCUGUCAGGAGGACGAGUACAUGCAAGUUGAGAACAAGCUGCGGGACAAGGAGCAGGAGCUGGAGCAGACCAAGGCGCAGCUGGAGAAAGUCAGCUCUGAAGCUGAGGCGUUCAUGAAGGCCACGGAACUCAACAUGAGAGAGACUAAAGACUCAAUGGAAAUGUCCCAACAUGACAUUGAACUUUACACGCACCAGACCAUGCAAGAUGAAUGAUAUCCUCUGAUACUCUAAUACAGGUGUCCAACCUUUCUUCUUCUACGAGCUACUUUACAAAAUAAAAAUGGCCGCUUCUGAGAUAC